AUGGAUGAAAUGGAUAUUAUUACUGAACAACAUCCACUUGAUUUCAAUGCCACGAACGACGAUGCUUAUGAUUUUAUUCCAACCUAUGCGCCACGAACGAUCGAACCUAUUGUUGUUCGCGGUGCUGGUCAUGUGACUGUUUUUGCAUUAAAUAAUAAAUUCGAUGAAGAAUUUCCUCAAGGUUUAGCGCACAAAGUUUCCCGAGAAGAAUAUCAAGAAACAAUCAGACGUGUGAAUGGUAUUCUGAAGAAAAAUGUUCCAAAUCAUUUCAAAUGGUUAAUUUUCGGUUGUAUAUGUUGUUGUUGUACAAUUGGUCUUUCACUGUGUCCUGUUGUAUAUCUGAAUAAGCGUUCGAAAGCUGCAGUGAAGAGAGCUCUUAGUUCGGAAAAUGCUCGGAUUUACCAUCGACUUGGUCUGCAUUGGAAGUUAAUACAGCAGAAAUGUUCGAAUAAUAAUGCUGUACAGGAAUAUGUUCUUAUGAUUGAAUUUUGCUCAGCUUUGUCGCUUUCGUAUCCAGAUUGA